GCACAAAACUAGCGUUUUCUCAUUGGGUGUUGCUGCAAUGGUGGCGGCGGUGGGACAUUGAAUGACUUUGGCUUCAUCACGAAAAUAGCUGGUUUAUCCAGUUAAUUGACAAAAUUUGACAAUGGAGGCUCUUAUUCCAGUUAUAAACAAACUGCAGGAUGUGUUCAACACAGUGGGGGCCGACAUUAUCCAGCUGCCGCAGAUAGCGGUGGUGGGGACUCAGAGCAGCGGUAAGAGCUCUGUACUGGAGAGCCUGGUUGGCAGGGACCUGCUGCCCCGUGGGACUGGCAUUGUAACCAGACGGCCGCUCAUUCUGCAACUGGUGCACAUUGAUCCUGGAGAUGUGAGAAAACAUGACAACAGCGGAAGUGAAGAGUGGGGAAAAUUUCUGCACACUAAAAAUAAGAUCUACACAGACUUUGAUGAAAUCAGGCAUGAAAUUGAACAGGAAACUGAGCGAAUAUCGGGUAAUAAUAAGGGGAUCAGCAAUGAGCCCAUUCAUCUGAAGAUAUUUUCUCCACACGUUGUCAACCUCACGCUGGUGGAUCUGCCAGGAAUUACGAAGGUGCCUGUGGGCGAUCAGCCUAAAGACAUUGAGAUUCAGAUCAGAGAUCUGAUCCUGAAAUACAUCUCCAACCCCAACUGCAUCAUCCUGGCUGUCACGGCGGCGAACACUGACAUGGCCACCUCUGAGGCCCUGAAGGUGGCCCGUGAGGUCGACCCAGAUGGUAGGAGGACGCUGGCAGUGGUGACCAAGCUGGACCUGAUGGACGCUGGCACUGACGCCAUGGAUGUACUGAUGGGCCGAGUCAUUCCUGUCAAACUCGGCCUCAUCGGAGUCGUCAACAGGAGUCAGUUGGACAUCAACAAUAAAAAGUCUGUGACGGACUCUAUCCGGGACGAAUAUGCUUUCCUGCAGAAGAAAUAUCCAUCGCUCGCCACCAGAAAUGGAACCAAAUAUUUGGCCAGAACCUUAAACAGGUUACUGAUGCAUCACAUCAGAGACUGUCUCCCUGAGCUGAAGACACGGAUUCACGUCCUGGCUGCUCAGUACCAGUCUCUACUCAACAGCUACGGCGAGCCAGUGGAAGACCAAAGCGCUACCUUGCUCCAGCUCAUCACCAAGUUUGCUACAGAAUACUGCAACACCAUAGAGGGCACGGCCAAAUACAUUGAAACAGCAGAGCUGUGCGGUGGAGCCAGAAUUUGUUAUAUAUUCCAUGAGACUUUUGGCAGAACAUUGGAGUCUGUGGAUCCUCUGGGAGGGCUCAGCACCAUCGAUAUACUAACAGCUAUCAGGAACGCAACAGGCCCGCGUACUUCCCUGUUUGUGCCCGAGGUUGUCCUCGAGCUGUGUAAGAAGCAGGUGAAACGCCUGGAGGAGCCCAGCCUGCGCUGUGUGGAGCUGGUCCACGAGGAGAUGCAGAGAAUCAUUCAGCACUGCAGCAACUACAGCACACAGGAGCUGCAGAGGUUCCCCAAACUGCACGAGGCCAUCGUGGAGGUGGUCACUUCUCUGCUCAGGAAGAGGCUGCCCAUCACCAACGACAUGGUUCACAACCUGGUUGCCAUUGAACUGGCUUAUAUCAACACAAAACAUCCAGACUUUGCCGACGCUUGUGGGGUCAUGAACAACAAUUUGCAGGAGCAGAGGAGAAACCGGCUGAGGGAGCUGCCGGCCGGCGUGCCCAGAGACAAGUCUGCUGGCAAAGGUCCGCUUGGCCCAUCUGCAGUUUGUGGCGAGUCGCCUCCGUCUGCAUCAGACCUGGACGGUGCCAAGGGCACGGCGGCAGCGGCAGCAGCAGCACCCCAGGUAGAGCAGGACGGCACAGGAACCUGGAGGGGGAUGCUGAAGAAGGGAGAGGAAGCUCCAGCCUCAGGACCAGGAAGUCCCCUCAAAGGAGCUGUCAAUCUGCUGGAUGUGCCGGUUCCUGUGGCCCGGAAGUUGUCAUCACGUGAGCAGCGGGACUGUGAGGUUAUCGAGCGCCUCAUCAAGUCUUACUUCCUAAUCGUUCGCAAAAACAUCCAGGACAGCGUGCCAAAGGCAGUGAUGCACUUCCUGGUCAACUAUGUGAAGGACAGCCUUCAGAGCGAGCUCGUUGGACAGCUGUAUAAGUCCGGCCUCCUCAACGAUCUGCUCACAGAAUCAGAGGACAUGGCUCAGCGGCGCAAAGAGGCCGCGGACAUGCUGCAGGCGCUGCAGAAAGCCAGUCAGGUGAUAGCAGAGAUCAGAGAGACGCAUAUGUGGUGAGAACUCAGUCCAACCUGUCCCAUCACGCCUCAAGGACUGACCCCAUCUCUAGCUUUGUUCCAACAUGCACUCAUCAAGUCCACACUGGACGUCUUGGAUUCAUGCACUGAUCUGCCAAACCGUAGGCAUCGCACGCGCUCCCAGGUGCCUACAAGAAAUGCAAGAUGUUGAUUUGCUACCUUAGAUAUGUUCAAGAAAACACACACACUGCCUCUGGUUGAUGUUCAAACCUCCUGAAGGACUUUGUGGUUAACCAGGAUGAAGAUCAUGUGUAUAAAGUGGAAAUGAAGGUUCUCGGGUUUGCGGAGUGAAAAUGUUUAACCACUGAGUUAUAAUAACUAAAUAUUGUUUUUGAAGCCUUUUACAUGAGGAAUAGUCAGUGUGUGGAUGUGGCUGACGAAAUACAACCAGGAUCAAGUCACAAUUCUAAAACUGUUUAGCGUUUUUUUUUGUUGUUGUUGUUGUUUGCACUGUUGUUGCCACACUGUAGAAAAGACAUCGUCCUACUGUACAACCUUCACAAUCCUUAUUUAUUAAUGUUAUUUAAGUGGUUAAAGUUGAGUACUACUGCAGGUAGCUGCGGUAACUUAACUAUGUUUACAUGUUGUGGUGUAUGUGAAAGCUGUGGUUCUCUGUAUGAUUCCUGAGAAAUAAUAAUAAAUAGAGGUAUUUUAUUGCCA